AUGUUGCUGAGCCUGGUCUCGUCGUUGUUUCUUGUGGCCCACGCAGUUGCAGACUCAAGGUACACGCUUGAGUUAACCUGGGCCAAAGGCUCACCAGAUGGCUUCGAGAGGGAUAUGAUCUUCAUCAACGGACAAUUUCCUGGUCCUCAUAUCGAGCUGGAGGAGGGCGACUGGGCGGAAAUUAUCGUUGUUAACAAGCUUCCCUUCAAUACAACAAUACACGCUCACGGAAUCCAUCAGACCAACACUCCUUGGGCGGAUGGCGUUCCGGGCCUUUCGCAGCGUCCCAUCCAACCAAACGAUACCUUCACAUACAGAUGGAAUGCAGACACCUACGGUAGCUACUUCUAUCACGCACAUACCCGGGGACAGAUCGAUGACGGAUGUUAUGGCCCCAUAAUUAUCAAACCGAAAGCUGGGAUCGCCAAACCUUUCGAUAAGAUUGCUCCAGAAGAUGUGAAAUUGCUCGAAGCCGCGGAGGCACGUGUCACACCUUUGAUCAUCUCUGAUUGGCGUCACAAGACCUCCUCUGAGACAUGGGACCUUGAGGUGGCAGCGGGACUAGAAAGUGCCGUCUGUGUAGAUUCGCUUCUUGUGAAUGGGAAAGGCGCGGUGGACUGUUGGUCGCGUGAGGAACUCACUAAAUACACCAAUCCUGCCGUUGCUCCAGUAUUGCAGCAAGCUAACCUCUCGAUGACCGACAAGGGAUGUCUACCAGCAGAGGUGCUCGCAACCUUGUUUCCAAGCCCAGAUACUAAUCUCACGGCACUUCCUUCUUCUGUCUUUGACGUUUGCACCCCCACUCAGGGUUCCCGUGAGGUUAUCAAGGCGCCGUGCUCCGAUAAGUGGAUGGCGCUCGACAUAAUAUCAUCCGCAGGCAUAGCAACAUUCGCGGUCAGUAUCGACGAACAUCCCUUGUGGGUGUACGCCGUUGACGGCCAUUACAUCGAGCCUCUAAAAGUCGACGCACUGACUCUCGCCAACGGAGAACGUUACUCGGUCUUCGUGCAACUAGACAAGACUGCUAAGAACUAUGGCAUCCGGAUUGCUUCGUUGGCUCUGGCUCAGCUCAUCGAUACAACUGCUGUCUUCUCAUAUGAUGAUGCAGAGCAGUCGUAUGGGAACGGCUCUACUACAAUCGAGUCGGAGCCGUCCAUCAACCGCGCAGGUGACAAUGUGACUGCCGAUGUGAUCUUUUUCGACCAAGCGGAGAUGGUCUCGUUUCCACCUCAGUUUCCCCAGCCUGCACCAGCCGCUGAUCAGACGUUCCUAUUCAGUUUAGUCACGGCCGGAAGUUCCUACCGUUGGGCUAUGAACGGCACCACUUACGACCAUGCUAUCGACAAUUCCAAUCCACCGUUCUUAUACCAAGACCCACAUGCAAUUACCACUGCUGGCAACCUUACACUCACAACCAAAAACAAUACCUGGGUCGAUCUGGUCUUCCACGUCGCCACCACCGGCCAACCUCCUCAUCCGAUUCACAAGCACAGCAACAAGGGCUUCAUCAUCGGUCAGGGCGAGGGGAACUUUACCUGGAAUUCUGUAGCUCAAGCUGCCGCAGAGAAGCCGGAGAACUUCAAUCUUGUUUCUCCACCGUUUCGAGAUGGAUUUGUUACGCCGGCCAGUGCGACUGGUCCAACAUGGCUCGCCGUGCGUUACCAAGUUGUGAACCCGGGCGCUUUCAUGUUGCAUUGCCAUAUUCAGAGCCAUAUGGAUGGUGGUAUGUCGAUGGUCAUCUUGGAUGGCGUUGACGAGUGGCCUGAAGUACCGAAGGGGUACAUGAAUUAG